CUGUCAGCAUGCGGCCUUCCAACUGGUGCGCGUCGGCGCUGGUGCUCACGUGCGUCCUUCUGUACCUAAGCGCCGUGAAGCACGUGCGCGGGCAAAGCACGGGAGGCAAGAAGCGGGAGGAGUACUCCUACUACAACCACGAGGAGAUGACGGCCUUUCUGCGCAAAGUGAGCACCAACUACCCGGACUUCACCAGGCUCUACAGCGUCGGAAAGUCCGUUCAAAACCGGGACCUCUGGGUUCUCCUCAUCACCAAAGAGCCGCACGAAGAGACGCUGCUUAAACCCAACGUCAAAUACGUGGCCAACAUGCACGGCAAUGAGGCCGUGGGCCGGCAGCUGAUGGUGUACCUGAUUGCGCACCUGCUCACCCGGUACAAUACGGACGCGUACGUGCGCUACCUGCUGGACAACACGCGCAUCCACAUCAUGCCCAGCAUGAACCCGGACGGCUACGAGAUCUCCAAGGAAGGCGCCUGCACGGGCACCCUCGGACGGUACAACGCCCGUGGAGUGGACUUGAACCGCAACUUUCCGGACCACUUCAAGACUCAGACGGAGAGCGAGCAGCCGGAAACCACGGCAGUGCGUCGCUGGAUCCACCAGAUACCUUUCGUACUCUCGGGGAACAUCCAUGGCGGAGCCGUGGUCGCCUCCUACCCCUUCGACAACUCGCCAAACGCCGUGUUCCACCAGUACAACAAGCCGUCGCUGACGCCCGACGACGACGUGUUCAAGCAGAUCGCGAGCGUGUACUCGUUCAACCACGCCAACAUGUACCUGGGGGCGCCCUGUUCGUCGGACCGACAAUCCUUCCCCAACGGCACCACCAACGGAGCAGCCUGGUACCCGCUCGCAGGCGGCAUGCAGGACUACAACUACGUCUGGGAAGGCUGCAUGGAGGUGACGUUUGAGAUCUCCUGCUGCAAGUACCCGCUGAGACGAGAGCUUCCCCGCUUCUGGGAGGACAACAAGCAGUCCUUGCUUGCUUUCCUGGGCGAAGCCCACAAAGGCGUCCGUGGCAUUGUGUCGGACGAGGAGAACAAUCCCGUGGUCAAGGCGUUCCUAAAGAUCUCCAACCGUAGCAUCGGCUUCAAGACAACGUCCAGAGGAGAGUAUUGGAGGAUCCUCAGGCCGGGUCGCUACACCCUCGAGGUGUCGGCUCCUGGCUUCCACACCUCGAAACAGGACUUCAUCGUCUUGGACCAGCAAAUCUCUAUCCUGAACGUGACGCUCAAGUCGCUACAGCCCCCCACGGACACCUCCGUGGAGUUGACGCGGCCGCAACAGCCGGUGUCUCUGCCAAGCGCUCCUCCCACCACGGUUCCGACCGACCCGACUAAGCCGGAGUCUCUUAGACUCGACUACCCCGCCGUACCCCCACCGCGCCAGUUGUUCAAUGGCUUUAAGGCGCAACCUUUCCCCAAUGGCUUUAAGGCGCAACCUUUCCCCACUGACAACGGAUUCGAGCUGUCUCCUUUCCAACAUCACUAACAUCGGCGUAUCGUACGCUAGCGCACUCAUUUACCCAUGAUGCGCGCACACACACGCACACAUAUUAGAUAGUUAAUCUCAUUCUUCAUCCUGUGAUUUAGGGCGAGUUAGCGGCGUUUUUAAUAGAUAAAAAGUACCGACGAAAGGCGUUUUCGGAUUUGGUGGGACUAUCGUCCGCUAGAAAACUUGGCUUUUCUUCUUCUUUUUAAUGAGUUUUAAGAAAAUACCAAAUUGUUAGCUUAAAAAUGAUGCGCAAUUGUUUUUUUUCUUCUUUAUUUGUGUCUGCGAAUGCAUGUUCCACAGAGGGAGUCUAAGGCUAAAGGCACGAGUGCAUGACAAGGCCUUAACCCCCUCUUAGUAUGCAGUUGGGUUUUUAAUGCCAUCAUCCAAAUGAAGGGAGUAUUUUACAAAGAUGCGGCCCACUGUUUAAAUUGCGUUUUGAUUUGAACAGUUUUGCUACAAAUGCUUGUCUCCUGUAUAAAAAAAAAGUCCCAUAUGCCUUUGUGAACAUUGUAGAGCGUGCGUGAGUCAAAUUCAAAUGUGACGAGACAUAGCGUGAAUUUCUGGUAGAUUAGAGGCCUUACGUAUAGCUUCGUGAUUGAAAAGCCCGUUCUGUGGCUCAACAAGGCUACUAGGUAUUCUGGAUGUUUUUAGAUGGCUUUUGUGAUCCCGCUCGCUUAGACAACUUGAGACAUCGUUUCCGAAGCUUCGAGUUAAGACAGUAUUUGCACGGUAAUAUGUAGAUCACCUAAGAACAACGUGCGGACGAAAACGUACAAACAGCUUUUACUUCCGUGCAUUCUAUAAGUAACAAAGUCCGAAAAAUACGUGAAAAAAAAAUCAACUUUUUUUUUUAUUGAUUCAUCAGUCAUGUUGACAUUGCACACACACAAACCAUAUUCGACUUCAUUAUUCACAUUUGUUUACAUACUUACGCUUUGGUACUUUUGCUUCGCUCUUUACGUGGUGGUGGUGGCGGCGUGUUAUACUUGGUCAAUUAAAGUGGAUCUUUAUUAUUUGUUUUUGCGAAGCGUUGGAUGAUAUGGGUGCUCACAUGAGUCGCUUCGUCGGAGCACGUACUCACACAGGUCAGAACGCCACAUGGACAGCCUGAGUCGCGGCGGCACCGUGAGGCUCGGAUCAUAGACCCGGUUUAUCCUCAACAUGGCGGGAGAAUCAAGGAAUGAUUGGCAGGACUUGUAUCAUAAAUAAAUCGCACAAAAAUAAACUAAUGUUAAAUAUUAUGCACCCAAUCCGCCUUGUCGUUUAAAGCUAGGGAACGAGCAAGUUCAGCCGAUCGUCCUCCCAUUGCUCCUGUUUUGACCGCAGCGCCUUGUAUGGCGUCUUGACCACUGUCCGGAAGAAACGGCUCAUGUCACCGACUACUGUACAUAGUGAUCUGAUUACGUGUCUUCCUUUUGAUGUGCUGUCUGCUAACACCUUUCAUUCGCAUCCUUGUGGACAUUAAACUACGCAUGAUUCGUCCACUGUC